AUCAUUCAUCAUGAUCAAGUUUUGAGAACACAGGGAGUUUCGUAGGGUAAACAUUUGAGGCAGGGGAAAAUGCUUGCACCAUUUCUUUUAGCUGUAUCCUUUAUCUGCGUUUCCUGUUACAGGCCGGUAGUCUUGGUCCAUGGGAUGUUUGGAUCUGCUCCCAGUGAAUUCGGAAAAACUUUCGAAAACUGGAUUAAAAGUGAACAUAAUGGCACUAUAAUCUAUGCUAUUCGAAUGUUUGAGAAGCUGUGCAGCCUACGUCCAAUGUGGUACCAGAUAGGAAAAAUCAAUGAACAAGUACGGGAAAUCAUGAGGGGACACCCAGAAGGGGUCCACUUUGUUUGCUAUUCGCAAGGAGGCUUGCUGUGUCGUGGAAUCGUUUCCUCAAUGAAUCACAACGUACACAACUUUAUUUCCUUGUCUUCUCCCCAGGCAGGACAGUACGGAAUUCCAAGAAAAUGGGAUAGAUACAUGCCAGCGAACUGUAUAAAAACUAACAUCUAUAAGUUUUUUUAUACACAUUUUGUCCAAAAUCAUCUGUCCGUUGCAAAUUAUUGGAAUGAUCCGCAUCACCAAACUCUGUAUCGAAACUAUUCUGUGUUCCUCUCACAUCUUGACGGAUCCACGCCUUCGCCAAAUAUGAGUGAGUACAAGAGGAAUUUUUUAAAACUCCAUCGAUUAGUUCUGAUUGGAGGCCCGGAUGAUGAUGUUGUGACGCCUUGGCAAUCCAGUCAUUUUAGUUUUUACGACGAAAAUGAAAAUGUCGUAGAAAUGAAGAAACAAAAGUUCUUUCAGGAUGACAGUUUUGGACUGCAAACGCUCUAUAAUAUGAAAAGGGUCCAUAUUCAUACCUUCCCAGGAGUUGUGCACAAAAAAUGGUAUGCCAACCGAACAGUUUUCAACUCUGCAAUACUCCCCUAUCUGACGUAAAAGGCAAAUUACGUGAAUAAUUUGUGUCUGUUUUCUUCAUAUCGACGUUCAUUGAAAUAGAAAUUGAGUCAUCCUUCUUGCUACUGUGCAAAUAAAACUCUUUUUUGUAUGAUUACUAAACUUCUACUGAAUAGAGAAGUUCAUGAAUAGCUAUAAAAAGGUUGAUAGAGAUGGUGAAUAUUGAGACAUGACUGUACAAUUGAUUAAGUUCCUUUAAAUACUGGUGGUGAGAUGAAUGGACGUUGCAACAUUUGGCAUGUCUCCGAACAGUCUUCGAGGAAGAAAGAUUCGAGAGCACUUGAAGCUAGCAAUGGAUCGCGUCUGCUCUCGGAACAAUCUCAAAAGUUCAAGUAUGGAAAGGCAAAGAGUCCUGAAGUGUGUUUUCCAAAACUACAUGUGCAAUGUAUAGAAGAAGUUAAUUAAAAACUUAUUCACUAUGGUUUUUUUUUUCAAAAUUGUUUUUGGAUAUCAUCAGGUGCUAUAUACUCAGACUUGUACAGAAAUAUUAAGCAUUAAAUUUCUUUUAGUGUGA